GCACUAGCACUAACGUCGCGCGCGUUUUCUGACGACCCGUCCUCGUGCUCAUGCAGGCACUGCUCCCGCUGUUCCUGAGGCCGGUGGUCCGGUUCGCGGCGCGCGUGGCGGCCGGCGGGCCGGCGGCCGCGGCGGCGACGAUCCUGCACCGCGCCGGCGCGCUGCCGAGGAACCGGGGCCUGGAGCGCCUCGUCCGGGACGACGACGUCGACGACGACGACGAGCUCCACGGCCGCGGCCACGACGACUGCAUCGCUAGCUUCGUCGUCGGCGUCAUGCGCUGCCUCUGCUAGCUAGUAGUCUAGUCUAGUCUAGUCUAGAUGGCGCAUGCAGCAGUGCUGGCCAUGGACGACGUGACAUGCGUGCACGCACGUAGCAAUGGCGCGCGACGCUGGUGUAGAUUCAGCUAGCUGACUAGCUCUGGCUAGCUAGUAGAGCUAGAGAGAGGGGAAACGGGCUCCAUUGUUCUCGCCUUCUCGGAGGGAAUCCACCUUGAUGAAUUCGUGAAUUUGUAGCAGGGAAUGAAGUUGCAUUGCAAUGCUGACCUUUACCUUCUGCAUGUGCACCUCUCAGCUGAAGGCAUUUUAUUACAGCUAGCUGCGGCUAGAUGUAGGAAUCAAGUG